UAAGCGCCGAAAAUCCACAACAAUGAAAAUGGCCUCUCAGCUGUCUGUUAUCAUUGUUUAAGUGGAGGGGCUGAUGUUUCGGUAGCUGUGGAAGCUCAAAAAUAAAUAUUUAGGUGGAAGCCCCCAGUCCUAAACAGAAACCAGGGGGCCAGUGCCGGUUACUCCGCCCUCAAUCAACCCGUGCCACGUCGGUGGCAGAGCGGCAUACAGCACCUCACGAAAAUGAUGAAUCUGAAAAAACUGAAGAGGCGACUGUCCUUGACCUUCAAAGGAAGCCGAGGAAUUGAAACCAGUCUGUCUGAUCUGGCGGAACAGAUGACAAUAGAGGACACAAAUGGAAUCACCAAGGAGGCAAAUCCAGGUGUGAUAACAGAGUCUCAGUCGCACUCCCGGAUACAGAUCCAGCUCGGUGCUGAUGAGGAUGACCUCCCAAACCGGGAUGAGAAGUUGGACUACGUGUCCCCUGUCCGCAUGAGGAACAGACGCAGAUUCAGUGAGGAGGUGACAAAGCGUCUCUCGUUGCCAGCAGAUAUCCGGAUUCCAAGUCACUUCCUGUCCAGGCAGAGUCUCACCCCAGAAGGACAGCUUAGCAGACGGUCACGGAGAAAAUCUUUGUCGGAAAUUGGAUUUGGAAAGAUAGAGUCCUAUACAAAACUAGAUAAGCUCGGAGAGGGCACGUAUGCUACUGUGUUCAAAGGGAAGAGUCGACUGACAGACAAUCUGGUGGCCUUGAAGGAAAUACGACUAGAACAUGAAGAAGGCGCACCUUGCACCGCUAUUCGUGAAGUGUCGCUAUUGCGGGAACUCAAACAUGCAAAUAUCGUCACACUGCACGAUAUCGUCCACACAGAAAAGUCUCUCACCCUAGUCUUUGAAUAUCUUGAGAAAGAUUUGAAGCAGUAUAUGGAUGACUGCGGCAACAUUCUGAGCAUGACAAACGUCAAGAUAUUCCUCUACCAGCUCCUACGAGGUCUGGCCUACUGCCACAAGCGUCAGGUGCUGCAUCGUGACCUAAAACCACAGAACCUGCUCAUCAACGAGCGAGGGGAACUGAAACUGGCGGACUUUGGUUUGGCACGGGCCAAGUCUAUACCAACGAAGACAUAUUCCAAUGAAGUUGUAACUUUAUGGUAUCGCCCACCAGAUGUUUUGCUAGGUUCCACAGAAUACGGAACACCCAUAGAUAUGUGGUAAGUGGAACAACUCGAA